AUGCCAAUCGCAACCAGCUCACACCCUGCCAAUCGCGCUCCGCUUUCCAAAGCUUACAUCAUGAAACAAGAGAUGGACUAUUCCAAAGGCUCUCUGCGUAUAUACGGCCCAGACGGCACCGUAUUGUACCGAUUUACUAGACAUAUACAAGAUCCUAUCACAGGGUACACUACCGUUGUACUCAUGAGCCCAGCCUCCGAUGCAUUGAUAGUACUCGAAUCGUCGAACAACCUCUGCGGUCACAAGACAACCUACACCGAGAUGAAGGUGCCCGGAUCACGAAAGCGGCAGUUUACCAUUGAUCCUGAAGGUCUGCUCAAAGACCAGUGGACAUUUAACUACGUUGAUGGCACGAACAAACAACAAAAUUUCAAGUUUGACAGAAAUUACGCAAACAAAGAGGAGCCGAUUCCAUCAGGUAAAGUUUACCAACAGAUCAAAGGCGAAAAUGGCGAGCUGGUAGCCGAGUUUGAGGAUCAAAAGCGAACCGAUUCCUGGUUGACCACCAGUUCAACACGCGAGGUCGAUACCUACACCCUUUUUUGUACGGCGGAUUCUCCACAGGUUGAAUUGGUCCUCUUGAUGGGUUUGGUUAUGAACCGGGUUCAUGACUGCGGACUUUGACACUGAACUGCCUUCCUCUCAUCUCACUUGAAUUUAGCUGCU